CCCUUUACUAUUACUAUCACCUCUUACUCACCUUUUCCAAAAUCCCAACUUUUAACCUUACCCAUCCCCUUUUCUACCUUUGCUUUGCCGGUUCUUCCGCCCCUCACGACUUCUCAACUUCAAUGCGAUUCCCACCACAAUAACUACCCUCCUCGGCUUUCCAUCUCUGUCACACUGGGACGACACGCAGACAAAUCCCGCGCUCCCCUCGAGGGGGCAUAAAUUAGAAUUCCGACAUCGUCCAUCAUUCCUUCCGGUUCGAAAAGCUUCCAACGUUGAACCUUUCUUCGCCAGCUUCGCGCGAUUUCACAAUGGCGACCGACCCGGGCGUACUCGAUGCGAUGACGCCGCCUGGUUACACGUUCCCCACAAUCCGGCUGCGACAGCAACAGAAUGAUCCCAGUCGCGACCCUCUUGUGCUCGUGGCCUGCGGAUCCUUCAGCCCUAUACAUUACGUCCACCUACAAAUGUUCGCCAUGGCCGCCGACUAUGCUCGGAACGAAACCAACUACGAGGUUGUCGGCGCCUACCUUAGCCCGGUGUCAGACGCAUAUGGAAAGCGAGGUCUGGCCAGGGCGCAUCAUCGAGUCGAAAUGUGCGAGCUGGCCGUUAAGCACGCCCGGCAACCCCUCAUGGUCGACCCUUGGGAGGCCCAGCAGGCCUCGUAUGUCCCUACCGCCAAGGUCCUGGACCACUUCGACCGCGAGAUCAACCAGCUCCGGGGCGGCUCCAGCGGCAAGAAGGUCCGCAUCGCCCUGCUGGCCGGCGCCGACCUGGUCGAAACCUUCAGCCAACCGAACGUCUGGGCUCUGCACGAUCUGCAGCACAUCCUCGGCGACUACGGCGCCUUCGUGGUCGAACGUGCCAACAGUAACAUUGAGCAGGCAUUGUCGAGCCUACGCGAGUGGCGCGACAACAUCCACUACAUCCCUGCCAUCAUCUCCAACCCCAUGUCUAGCACCAUGCUCAGGCUUCUUCUGAAGGGCAACAUGAGUAUCGAAUACCACGUUCCGAGGGAAGUCAUGGAUUAUAUCGAGGCCAACGGCCUCUACAAGGACGAAAUGGUCGCGGCGCCGGAUAAUAAGAAGGCGAAAUCCGCCGAGGGUUCCUCUUCAUAGACGAGUAGACCGGAGCGGCAUGUGUCGAGCGUUGAGUUGACUGUGAAACGCAUAUUUACUUACACGCGGGCGAUUCUGUCUUUUCUGUCCGUUUACCCACCCAAAUCCCUCAUCUCUCUCACUCUUCGCCUCUUUUCACUUUUCCGCUUUUUUCGUCUCUUCACCCUGUCAUCGACCAUCGUCAUAUUAUCAUGGCAUCAGGCCAUGUCCGCCGGGACAUGGACAUGGUUGACUUUUAAACACUGGCGUAUUGGUUAGAAGGCGGGCGGUUUUUUUCUUUUCUUUUCUUCUUUUCUUAUUUUCUUCCCUUUUCCCCUUUUUUUCUACUUUUUUCUUUUCUUUCUUCUUGGUCUACCGUUCAGACGGCAUGUGGAUAAUUAAUUAGCACGGGCGCAUCAG